UUCUAGCCAUAGCAUAUCUGUUUGUGUCUUGAUUCCUGAAUUCAUUUGGAUAUUGGUUUACUAGAGGAUGAACUACUAAUGUGCCUUGUUCUGGUUCGUAAAGAAUGGCUUUGAGCAGUUUUGGUCUAGAUCUGUUCCUGGUAACUUUAGACUUAGAGGCUGUUUGGCGGUUGUUUUGCCAUUUCUGAAAAUUGUUUUUAAGCACUGUAAUCAGCAGCUUGCAGAUGUUGAAGUUCAAUCAAGUGUUCACAGCCCUCAGAACAACUUCAAUUAUGAAAAUCAAACCACCGUUAGAACAAACUAAAAAUAAAAAAAGAGAAUUUUUCAAACAAUCUAUACAAUUUGAUAAAUAUUUUCAAGGAGACAUCAGUUGCCUAUGGUAAUGGGUGAGGUGGUGCGAGAUAAUUUGCAACUGUCACUUGGUCAACCACCUCCAAAGAGGCUCUUGCCUUGGUUGCCUUCAAGCUGCAUAUUGUAUUUAGUUUUUUCCCAAGUAGAUUUGACUAAAAUAUGGUAUAUCACUUGUUCUCUCUUGAGGGUCAACCCAAUUUACUGAAUGAAAAGUUUAUGUGUAUUUUAGUACAUUUGACUCGGAUAUCCUCUUCGACAUUGCUACAUUGUCACAAAAAAUAUAGAUAUUUAUGCACAAUCAUGUAUAUGUUACAAUGAGUUCUUGUACCUAUUAUACAUUAUACUAUGUUAUUUUUCUGAUCUGAAAAAAUGUUCCUCCACUCAGACUUGGCCAUUUGUAUGAAUCUCGCAAUUAGUCAAGCAAGAAACUUUGCGUCAUAGGCUAUCUCGCGUGUCAAAAUUAAUGGAUGUAUUACUGAUGGCCAUUAUUAUUAAGCUAAUGCGUGUUAUGUAUGAACUUUGCUCCUACAUUAUAUGACCAAGUUGGUAGUAUUUUUGUGAUGACAGUUUACAGUUGAUAAAUAACUUAACUUAUAAAUAUUGGAAAUGGACUUUAAAGAAACAUAUACAUUGGAACUGGAAGUUUCUUAGUUUAACUAUCUACAAAAAUUCUAUAUAUAUAUAUAUAAUAAAAUAGGAUGAAUGAUCAAUAGGUUUAACCACUAGUAUUCAGUUUUGUUUGGAUUACUUAGGCCUUGUUAAAAGGGGCCAUGUCAGAAUUUAUAUAAAUGUAGCAAACUCGGAGGUGCUAAUUCAAGUGUUGGAUACAACGUCCGCAAGGCAAUUCUGCUGUCGGAAAUUCCCCUAAAGUAGAGGCUGUUCUCAUUUGCAUUUGGUGCUCUACAAUAUGAUCUAGCAUCAUCCAGCAUAUGGAGAUGAAAGAUGGCAACAUUUGUUGAGUUUUUGGUCGGGGUUCCAAAAAAUUGUUGAGAAAAGAAGAGCGUAUUUUUUAAAUCCUAAACCGCCUUGGCCAGCAUUUUCUUUGGUGCAGGAUUUUCUUCGCAUAUUCAUAAUCAUCUUCUUGGAUAAGGAUGGCUAUUCAGAAUUGAGUUUUCUGCCUGUGACGAGCUUCCUCGUCUUGUUUCCAAGAAGAUUCAUACUGAUCCUCAAUGGCACUACCAUCUUACAUUUUCCUCAGGCACUUUGCUUUCCAUUCCUCAUGACUUUUGCAUGCCUACAAUUUCAGACAUUGUUUCAUGCUUGAAACAUUGUCGACCUCAACUGAGGCUGCAGAAUAGAUGGAGAAGGCACUCUCUAUUUGUAGACCUACCAUGUGACAUCCUGUUUUGGAUUAUUGCUCCUUGACACCACUUAGUUCAUGACACAAGGUUUUGCUUUUAUAUACAUGGAGGAUGAGAGAGAUGCUGAGGAUGCUAUCCGUGCACUCGACCGGAGAGAAUUUGGCCGAAAGGGUCGCAGACUACGUGUUGAGUGGACCAAACAAGAGCGUGGCAUUAGAAGACCAGGUGGUGGUGGAGGUGGAGGUGGUUCGAGGAGAUCCUCUACUAAUACAAGACCUUCAAAGACUUUAUUUGUUAUCAACUUUGACCCAUAUCAUACUAGGACAAGGGAUUUGGAGAGGCACUUCGAUCCUUAUGGUAAGAUAUUGAGUGUAAGGAUUCGACGGAAUUUUGCAUUCGUCCAGUAUGAAUUGCAGGAGGAUGCCACUAGAGCAUUGGAGCUUACAAACAUGAGCAAAUUGAUGGAUCGAGUGAUUUCGGUGGAAUAUGCUGUUCGAGAUGAUGACGAGAAAAGAAAUGGGUACAGUCCUGAUAGGAAUCGUGAUAGAUCUCCUGAUAGAAAGCGGCGAUCCCCAAGUCCCUAUAGAAGAGAGCGAGGAAGCCCUGAUUACGGCAAUGGUAUUACCCGCAGUCCAUACAGGAGACAAAGGGCCAGUCCUGAUUAUGGGAGUCGUCGUAGUCCAAGUCCUUAUCAGAGAAACAGGGACUCUCCUGAUUAUGGCCGUGGUCGUAGCCCCAAUCAUAGUCCUUAUAGACGGGAGAGAGAGAGAUCAAGUGACCAUGUUAGGCCCCCUAGCCAUAGCCCCCCUCCUCAUCAGAGGGAAAGAGCAAACGAUGACCGAGUCCACAACCGAAGUCGCAGUCCUUACGGGAGAGAAAGGGGGAGCCCUACUGAUGGACGUGGUGCCAGCUAUAGUCCUCCUCGUGAUAUAGAGAGGUCAAACCCUGACAAUGGUCACGAGCAGCGGCUAAAUACAGUGGCAGAACCUGGGGAUAGCCCCAGUUAUGGUGGGACUCAGAGCCCAACGCAUCGGGGAUAUAACAGCCGUUCACCCCAAGCAGAGGAAUGAUGAUCCAGAAAGUGAAGUGAAGUGAAUGUUGCUCUCAAUUUGCUCCCGACUAUGUUAGCUGUAUAAUCAGUAUCAGCGGCCUAAACAUGUAUUUUAAGGAUACCGUUUUAUGAUUUCCAAAUACACUUAUGGUUCGGGUUCUAGCGAUUCUAAGGACAUGCUGUUACCAAAUUUAAGUUAGCAAUCAUAAUAUUUAGCACCUCUGAUGAUACA